AUGGAUAGCCAUGAUUUCAAAGUAAAUGGUUGCUUGAAUAAAAAUAGCUCGAACAUUAACGUGUCAACUGAACCACCACUCAUCAAACAAGAAAAAACAACUUCACGGACUACCGAAGCUGACAUAAGAAGCGAAUUGGAGUCAACUACUCAAAACACUGAAACUCAUUUGAAUAUGAAUACACAAGUCACUGAAGAUAAACAACGUAGAAAACCACGUUCUAUUCGCAAUAGGUAUGGUACAAGAAACCGUUCACACACUUCUGGUCCAUAUUCGUCUGCCUAA